GCGUGCGUAGUUUGCACCGCGUCGUGUGCUAGUUUCUUUUCGUUGUAAAUGACUUUGUUUUUUUAAUAACCAGCGGCUUUUCGGGUGAGUGCGUUUUGUACCGCCGGACUGUUUCGUUCUUGCCACCGUGUUCGAGCACGCUUUUCGACUUUCAACGCCUCGACGGAGGCUCCUGCAGUUUCUCCGGAUCUCUCUCUGGCGUCCAGCGACAUCGGCAUAAUUGCGGCAACUCCGACGCCGGCGACGGUGGUCGAUCUCUGGCAUCGCGCCCGAUCCGCAUCGUUCGAACUCAGGUGGGCGUCCGGAACGACGUGUGAUUGCACUGCUUUGGGACCGUUCGCAAAUCGAACAAUGCGUAUAGUGCUUCGGGAAACGAAUGCGUGAGAUAUAUACUAGAGACCUAUAGCUUCGGGGGCGUGUUCGCGAGACAUUCUCUCGUCACUGAUCGCCCGCUCCAUUACCUUUGAGGGUGGGUACAUUCGGCGUGUUCAUUUCAAAAUACCCGCAGCCCACUGACAAGUAGAAGAAACGCUCUCUUAGAUAGUUUGCCUGGUUGUACGUUUGGAUCGAAAUUGGUGGGAAAUUGGUGAAUGCGUAUAGUUGACGGACAGUUAUAGGCAACGUGAAAGGAAAGAGUUGACCCGGGGCUGCAUUUGUAAGCCGCUUCGAAUCAAUCGUUGUGUCGCGUCAGCGCAGAUACUGACAGACAACGAAAAGAAAAUGAGAAAGAUACGUGGGCCCCGAGUAUCGAGCGUCCGCUCGCCUUAAUUGGGACGCCGCGCUCCGAAAUUGGAGAAGACGUUGCGUUUCAUUAUUAGCCUGAGAAGGAGCAACGAACACGCGGGUGUGAAAGGCCGGCCCACGAAAGGAGGAAAGAACAAGAACUCUCCCUCUCAGGUAGACGUUGGCGUCUGGCCGCUGAUAUAUUUGCCGUCUGCUUCGCUUUCGUCUUCACCGUCGAUUUCUUUCGUCGUCUGCUCCAGGUUGCCGCCUACUGCUGACCAGCGCCAUACGAAGGAGAAGUCAUACAAAUCCUUUGUUUGUGGCUCGUGGUAAACGCCCGAUACUGUUUAGUCUAACAAAAGCGAAACAAGACUCCCUUUGUCUUGAGCUGGAGUAGUUGUUAGUGGAUUAAUUGAUACUACUAGGUCGUUUUUUUGGUCUUUACCUAUGUGUUGUCGUCUGCAAGAAAAACAGACGUUGCCCGACAGUUUAUAGCUUCUAGCCGAACGUAUAGAAAGAUAGGUACAGAAAAAAAAGGCGCACUUUCGUUCUGCUCAAGUUAGCGAGGGAUAACCAAUGCCGUAGCAGCUACCGAACGUCUUCGCCUAAUCCUUGCCUUCGACAAAGCCACAACAGUCGACAGUUUAUAGUGUCUAUAAUCUGACAUAAAGAAGGAAAAAAAAAUCUCCUGUCUUGCUCAAGUCGGCAUUUACCAGGUGCUCAUAGCAGCACUACUGCUAUAUCGUCUUCGUCGUUGUAUAUUCAGCUAUAAACUUAGGCCUUUGCCGCCGCUGCCAACAACGGACGUCAACAGCUUAUAGAGCCAAGUGCCAACACCAGAAAGAAAAACGUCUUCUCUUCAGCUCAAGUCGCCUUUCGAAAGGUGUUUAACACUGCUACUUCUAUCGUCUUUGUCUUCUUCGACGCCGUCUACUCCUACUUGCCCCACCCACGACCGGAAGCAGACGUCAUCCGAGUCCGCCGGCGUCGUCUGUCGUCAGAACAAUUCCGAUAUCUAAACCUUACGCCGCUGCCGCCAACGACGCACGUCACUCAGCAGUUUAUAGCGCCCAGUGCCAACACCAGAAAGGAAAACGUCUUCUCUUCAGCUCAAGUCAGCGUUCGAAAGGUGUUUAGCACCGCUACUCCUGUCUUCGUCGUCGCCGUCUUCUUCUUCGGCGUCGUCUGCUCCGACUUGCGCCCGUCACCGGAAGCAGACGUCACCCGAUUCCGCCGGCGUCGUCUGUCGUCGAAGCGAUCCCGAGAUGUUACUCGCGCCGUCCGAGAUUCACUACCUGCACGACGAUUCGGCCGCCGGCUCCUGCGUCCUGUCCCCGGACGUAGUCGACGAGCUCGGCCAGCGACUCGAAGAGAACCGAGGUCGCGUACCGCGGAUACAGGUCGUCGAGAAGGACGGGUCCUGGUUCGCCCUGAACGACUCCUACCUUCGCGUGUAUCGCGAACUGGAGAGACAGGGUCGCUGCCCGCGGGUCAACGUCACCGUGGUGUCGCUGAACAAGGUGCCGCAAGACUUGCAGAAGGGCAUGACUGCGACGUCGUCAACAGCCGCAGCCGUAGCCACAGCCACUUCUGCGGAGCAGAACAGGUGCUGCGCCAAUCAGGAACACCACCAGCACGCCUGCCCUGCCGUGAACGCCGAAGCGCCAACUACUACGCCUGGUGCGACUUCGGGACCUCCGAAGGCCACGACGGCAACCGGUCGUCGACGUGCAGAAACCCAAGGGUCACGUGGUGACUCGAUCGAGCUCACGGCAUUUCGAGCGUGA